CUGAGCGGCUUAAAUAUACUCUCCGAGAGAGCCUCCAUGAGUGUAGCAGCGAGAGGGCAGAAUCCGGCCUCCAAGCGAGCCCAUUAUCACUUGUAGUGGUAACAGCAACAGCAAAACAACAUAGUAUUAUUACCUACUCGGGCUAAACGCACGAGGACUACACAGAGGGGUCACCAAGGGUCGGUACAGUUCGAACAACAACAGGACCACAUCUCUGUUAGUAACAUCAGUCAGUCAGUCAGUGGUGUGCAUUCAGGAUCAGAGGAAUCAUUAAUCAAAAGCUGGUCGAGUCGAUCGGUCAAAGAACAGGCUCCUCUCAAGAAGAAAUUUCACCAGCUACAACAGCCGCUAAACAAUCAACAUGCCCAUUAUCCGUUUCUAUGGCCCCGUCGAAGACACGAAACGACAGCAGCUAUUACGGAACUUCAAGAAGACCAACAAGCACGUGACCGAUUUGCAGGUUGAAAAAUGUUAUCAUGUCCAGAACUCCAAUUAUACCGAGUUCCCCACCGAGGUGGAGAAAGUUUUACGAUGGAUCCUGAAAGGACCCCAGGAGGAGGACAACCUGUCAACGACUUCAACUGUAGUGAAACAAUCUCCCAACGAGGAACUGAUCGAGAUUGGUCCUCGGUUUAACUUUUCCACUGCAGAUUCCACCAACAGCGUCAGUAUCUGCCAAAAUGUUGGCCUGACAUUCAUCGAUCGGAUUGAAGUGUCGGUUCGAUAUCUGCUGACGCUGGGAAAGUGCAUUUCCAGCGAGGAAGUAGAACAGCUGAUCGAAACCGUUUGCGAUCGUAUGACCCAGUGCCGAUAUACGGAGACGAACAUCCCGCGAAACGAUUUCUACGAGAGCUUCAAGCAAAAGGGGGAGAACUGGUACGUUGUUCCAGUGCUGGAGAAAGGAGCUGCCGCGUUGAAAGAGGUCGAUAAACAGCUUGGCCUUGCAUUUGACGAAUGGGAUAUUCAAUACUACACAAAUCUGUUCACAAACGUCCUGAAGCGUAAUCCAACCAAUGUGGAACUUUUCGAUUGCGCUCAGUGUAACAGUGAGCAUUCGCGCCAUUGGUUUUUCAAGGGAAAAAUGAUCGUUGACGGGGUGGAGGAGAAACAGUCGCUCAUUGAUAUGAUCAUCGAUACCCAACGCUAUACUAAUCCUAACAAUACGGUUAAGUUCAGUGAUAACAGUAGCGCAAUCAAAGGGUACCUACACAAAGCAUUGAGAGCAACCCAGUUCGAUGGGCCGGGAGAUAUGGAGUUGCUACGCAUUACAUCGGAUCUUAUUUUCACCGCAGAAACGCACAAUAUGCCCACCGCUUUGUCCCCGUUCAGUGGGGCGACUACAGGAACCGGUGGAAGAAUUCGAGACGUUCAAAGUAUCGGACGGGGAGGGCUACCGAUCAGCGGGACGGUCGGAUACUGCGUGGGAAUGUUGAACAUUCCCGGGUACGAUCUACCCUACGAGCAGACGCUCGAUUAUCCCCCUUCCUUUUCGAGGCCACUGAAGAUUCUGAUCGAGGCCAGCAACGGAUGUUCCGAUUACGGGAAUAAAUUCGGUGAGCCUGUGGUGUCAGGGUUUGCCGUGUCUUUCGGUGUCGUAAGCGAUGAUCACCAGCGGAUGGAAUAUGUGAAGCCUGUACUGUUCAGUGGUGGUAUCGGAACGGCGGAAUCCACCCAAAUGAACAAACUUGACCCGAAGCCAGGAAUGUUGCUGGCUAAACUGGGAGGUCCCGUGUACCGGAUCGGUGUGGGUGGUGGAGCUGCCAGUUCCGUGGAUGUGCAGGGUGACAACAAUAGCGAUUUGGAUUUCAACGCCGUGCAGCGGGGGGAUGCCGAGAUGGAAAAUAAACUCAAUCGCGUGGUGCGAGCUUGUAUUGAGUUGGGUGAAAAGAAUCCUAUUUUGGCUAUCCACGAUCAAGGCGCAGGUGGUAACGGCAACGUGUUGAAGGAGUUAGUUGAACCGGGAUGUGCAGGAGCUGUUAUUUUCGCCAAGGAAUUCAAACUGGGAGAUCCGACGAUCAAUCUGAUGGAAUUAUGGGGCGCCGAAUAUCAGGAGAAUAAUGCGAUCCUUGUAGCGGCCGAACAUAGACAAUUGCUGCUAGAUAUUUGUGCCAGAGAAAGGUGCCCGAUCAGCUUCGUUGGCGUUGUCACAGGGAAUGGAUACGUGUCGUUGAUUGAUCAUCCGGCUGACUUCGAGAAGUACAUCAAUCGAGAGAACCGAGAAAAGUGGGGAGAACUACCAUUCGAUAUGCACUUGGAUCAUGUUCUUGGGAAAAUGCCCCAGAAGGAGUUCAAACUGCAAAGAAAACCAUUAGUGCUACGUGAUCUGGAUUUGUCUAACGUGACUAUCACUGAAUCAUUGAACAGAAUUUUGUCUACGGUUACCGUGGGAAGUAAACGGUUUUUGACCAACAAAGUGGACCGAUGUGUCACCGGUUUGGUGGCACAACAGCAGUGCGUUGGGCCACUCCACACUCCGCUGGCUGAUUUCGCCAUAACGGCUGUUUCGAGCUUCGGAAUCGAUGGUAUUGCAACCUCAAUCGGAACGCAACCGAUCAAGGGACUGCUGGAUAACAUGGCCGGAGCGCGGAUGUCGGUAGCGGAAGCUAUCUCUAAUUUGGUUUUCGUCCGGAUAACCGAACUGGCCGAUAUUAAAUGCUCCGGAAAUUGGAUGUGGGCAGCGAAGCUUGAGGGUGAAGGAGCUAAACUUGUUGACGCUUGCAAAGCAAUGUGCGCAAUGAUGAAGCAGUUGAACAUUGGCAUUGACGGGGGCAAGGAUUCACUCUCGAUGGCUGCUCGGGUUAAAAAUGAAACGGUGAAAAGCCCGGGGACUCUGGUGAUUUCCACGUACGCACCGUGUCCGGAUAUACGAGUUAAGGUUACACCCGAUUUGAAGGCAGCCUCGCUUGGAAUUGAAACGACUCUCAUAUAUGUAAACAUCGAAGGUAAAUUCAGACUGGGCGGUUCCGUGCUUGCCCAAUGCUACGGUCAACUUGGGGCUGAAAGUCCAGACCUAGAGAAACCCGAAGUGCUAGUGCAGGCGUUCAACACAACGCAAAAGUUGUUGAAAUCGGGUUAUUUACUUUCCGGUCAUGAUGUAAGCGACGGAGGUCUCCUGACAUGCGCUCUGGAGAUGGCAUUCGCCGGGUUGGCUGGUCUGAAAUUGGAUCUGACCGAACUGUACGAAAAAUUUGGCAAGCGGCUGGGAACAACACUGGAGCAUUCGGCCGCACAUAUUCUGUUUGCCGAGGAGUGCGGUUGGAUCAUUGAAGUUGACUCUGGUGAGGUUUCUUCCAUUUCAAAUGCAUACAACUCAUCAAAUGUACCGUUCUUCAUCAUUGGCAAGGCUUUCAAAACCGACAUCCGGAUGGCGGAUUCAGCUGUGGUCGAAAUCUCCGGCCAACAAGUGCUGAAAGCCAGUGUUUUAAGUUUGUUCAAACAAUGGGAAAGAACUAGCUUCGAGAUUGAGAAGUUGCAAGCAAACGAACAGUGCGCGGUUGAAGAAUAUGCCUCACUUGACUCCCGAAGUGGUCCCACAUAUAAUUGCACCGUGCCUCAGGGUUCAAUAUACCAUGUCAAUGGGAUUAAAUCGAAACCAAGGGUAGCAGUUAUCCGCGAAGAGGGCACCAAUGGGGAUCGCGAAAUGGCAGCAGCUCUAUUCAAUGCCAACUUCGAAGUUCAUGAUGUCAGCAUGAGUGAUCUAUUGAACGGAAAAACAACCCUGGAUAGGUACCGAGGUGUUAUCUUCCCUGGCGGGUUCAGCUACGCCGACACGCUUGGUUCAGCUAAAGGUUGGGCAGCUUGCAUUCUGUACAGUAACGUUCUCGCGCCUCAAUUCACGAGAUUCAAAUCAAGAACCGAUACAUUCUCUCUUGGUGUAUGCAACGGGUGCCAACUGAUGGGUCUGAUAGGUUGGAUCUCUCUUCAGGAGCAGACGAACGUCGUCGAGGUACCGGAUGUGGCACUGCUGCACAAUAAAUCCGAACGUUUCGAGUGUCGCUGGAGCACGCUGAAAAUAGCUCCAAGCAAAUCGAUUAUGUUACGCAAGCUAGAGGGAAGCGUGCUCGGAUGUUGGGUUGCCCAUGGUGAGGGUCGUUUUUCGUUCAAAUCGAACAAAGUUCUUGCCCAGCUGAAGCGCGAUAAUCGUGUUGCCAUGCACUAUGUUGACGACAACAAUAAACCGACGGAGGCGUAUCCGAUGAAUCCCAAUGGAAGUGUCGAGGGUAUUGCUGCGAUAUGCUCGGCCGAUGGAAGACAUCUUGCCAUGAUGCCUCAUCCUGAGCGUUGUACGAAAAUGUGGCAGUGGCCUUACAUUUCCCCCGGAUUGGACUAUAUGGACGACUCUCCGUGGCAUUCCAUGUUUGCUGAAGCAAACAGAUGGUGUCUUUCCGAAUGAUUCUUAUCCUAUUAUAUUGUUUGCUAUUAAUGAAACUAUAAAUUUUAUAUUUUUAUAUAUUUCGUAGAGAUUAUGAAUAAACAAUAAAGACUUUCUCGUUGUA